AUGCGCAACCUCAUCACCAUCCUGACCAGCGUGCUCGCAGCACAAGCUUCUGCAGCAUGCACCCGGGAGACACUCCAAGCCGUUACUGAACAGCUUCUCGCUGCACAAACCGCUGGCCAAGCAAGCUUCAGUUCCCUCUCGAACAAGGUGGCAUAUACGGAAAAUCGUAAAAACGUCAACAUCAAAUCGGGAAUCCUGACCAAACCGAUGAAGAUCGACCACGCUCGAUCCCAGCACGACACGACGCAAUGCGCCGCCUUUAGCGAAUUCAUCAUCGCCAACUCUGCUGCGCCCUAUGUGAUAACCACGCAACUGCGGCUAGACAACACGAGCAAGGUGUCACAAAUAGACACAAUCUGGACCAGCAAAGGCGACUGGCUCUUCAACGCUACUGGGACCCUCUACUGGGCUUCGCGCGAGAAAUGGGACAGUAUUCCUGUGGGGAAGCGGGACUCGCGCGCCGUGAUCAAAGCUGCGGGUGACGCUUACUGCGAUUUAUUUAACAACAAGAUGGUUCAAGUUCCAUGGGGCUCGCCGUGUGCUCGUCUUGAGGGUGGCAUGUACACAGGAAAGGGCGAGGCGACGGACAGUUGUAACGUUGGUGUGCCGAGCGGAGUACCGUUGGUUAACAGACGAUAUGUCAUUGAUGAAGAGUAUGGGACCGUGGACACCAUGAUGGACUUUGGGGGUAAGGCGGGUCAAGUGGGCGCCGCUGGGUUGCCGGAUAGCCAUGAGUUCAGAGUCGAGGGCGGAAAGCUGAGAUAUGUGCAUACUCUCUCGAGUUGCGGUGGGAAAGCCUGUAUGUAG